AUGAGUUCCGCCACGAUGGCUACUCUGAGGAAACUACCAUUUCGGUUGCUGCUCGUCAUCGCGGUGAUGGGUUGCGCCGCCGUCCUCAUGGCCGCUGCCUGCAGCGCUGCCGACGAAUCUCCCCCUGGUCAGUCCGCAAACGGCUCUGCUUCGGCUUCGACCGGCGCACCCGGCGACCAGCCGGGAAAGGUAGCCGACCCCGCCACGUAUGCCACGCUCUCGGGCGACAUUUCGAUUGACGGUUCUUCCACGGUGUUCCCCAUCACCGAGGCGGUGGCUGAGGCAUUCGGCGGCCUGACCGAUGACAACGUCCGGGUGGUCGUGGGCAUCUCGGGAACCGGAGGCGGCUUCAAGAAGUUUUGCGAUGACGAGAUCGUGAUCUCCGACGCGUCCCGGCCGAUCAAGCAGAAGGAAGUUGACCUGUGUUCCGCCGCGGGCAUCGAGUACAUCGAGCUGCCGGUGGCCAUCGAUGGCGUGUCUGUGGUGGUGAACCCGGCAAAUGAUUUCGUGGACUGUUUGACGGUUGAGCAACUGAACACCAUCUGGAGCCCGGAAUCUGAGGGCGUGGUGAGCCAGUGGAACCAGGUGAACCCGGACUGGCCGGCGGAAGAGAUCAAGCUGUACGCGCCUGGCGUGGACUCGGGCACGUUCGACUAUUUCACCGAGGCGGUCAACGGUGAUGGCGGCGUGUCAAGGGGUGACUUCGUGGCGUCGGAGGACGACAACGUGCUGGUGCAGGGCGUCUCGGGGGACAAGUACAGCAUCGGUUACUUCGGGUAUGCGUACUAUGUGGAGAACAAGGACAAGGUGAAGGUGGUGCCGGUCGACGGCGGCAACGGUUGUGUUGCCCCGACGGACGACGCGAUCAACAACGGUUCAUAUGCGCCGUUGAGCCGGCCGCUGUUCAUCUACGUGCGCUCGGACGCGGCCGAGCAAGAGCAUAUUUCGGAGUUCGUGAAAUAUUACCUGAGCGCGAACGGCCAGGAGCUGGCGGCAUCGGUGGGAUACAUUCCGUUCCCGCAGCAGGUUUACGACCUGGGGUUGGCGAAGUUAGAGGCUGGGACGGUAGGCACGGUGUUCGGAGGCGACGACGCCUUCAAGGGACCCAUCGCUGAUGGCCUUGGCGGCGGGGCCAUGACGGAAGACAAAAUGACCCACAUCGUGGACUACGGCAAUCUCUCGGGCGACAUUUCGAUUGACGGUUCUUCCACGGUGUUCCCUAUCACCGAGGCGGUGGCUGAGGCAUUCGGCGGCCUGACCGAUGACAACGUCCGGGUGGUCGUGGGCAUCUCGGGAACCGGAGGCGGCUUCAAGAAGUUUUGCGAUGACGAGACCGUGAUCUCCGACGCAUCCCGGCCGAUCAAGCAGAAGGAAGUUGACCUGUGUUCCGCCGCGGGCAUCGAGUACAUCGAGCUGCCGGUGGCCAUCGAUGGCGUGUCUGUGGUGGUGAACCCGGCAAAUGAUUUCGUGGACUGUUUGACGGUUGAGCAACUGAACACCAUCUGGAGCCCGGAAUCUGAGGGCGUGGUGAGCCAGUGGAACCAGGUGAACCCGGACUGGCCGGCGGAAGAGAUCAAGCUGUACGCGCCUGGCGUGGACUCGGGCACGUUCGACUAUUUCACCGAGGCGGUCAACGGUGAUGGCGGCGUGUCAAGGGGUGACUUCGUGGCGUCGGAGGACGACAACGUGCUGGUGCAGGGCGUCUCGGGGGACAAGUACAGCAUCGGUUACUUCGGGUAUGCGUACUAUGUGGAGAACAAGGACAAGGUGAAGGUGGUGCCGGUCGACGGCGGCAACGGUUGUGUUGCCCCGACGGACGACGCGAUCAACAACGGUUCAUAUGCGCCGUUGAGCCGGCCGCUGUUCAUCUACGUGCGCUCGGACGCGGCCGAGCAAGAGCAUAUUUCGGAGUUCGUGAAAUAUUACCUGAGCGCGAACGGCCAGGAGCUGGCAGCAUCGGUGGGAUACAUUCCGUUCCCGCAGCAGGUUUACGACCUGGGGUUGGCGAAGUUAGAGGCUGGGACGGUAGGCACGGUGUUCGGAGGCGACGACGCCUUCAAGGGACCGGUCACUGACGGACUCCAACAGUAG